UCCAAGUUCAAUCCUUAAACACUAUUCAUCACUCGAGUCUGUCUACACAAUAUCCUACCUGAUCAAACCUCACUGUCUUCCUAUACCUUCACAAUGGGGUCCUUCCGACGCCUUAGCACUGCUCAGGGACUGGGCAUUUCCUCGUCCCAGUCCUCGGACAAAUCUUCCCCAUCUUCACCCAAGCCUCGCUUCGCCGAUGCAGUGGUGAGCACCAUCGCACGCCCACUGACCAACGAGGAGCAUUGGGCUCUCUACUACUUCGAAUCGCACGCGCGAACUUGCACUCGCUGCUACAACCCUUACGCUGUACAGAAGCGUAAGGACCGGUUAUGCUCCGAGGGCCACCUCCUCGCGCAAAACCUCUCCCUUUACUUAACCCAGGGCCAUGACGGCCACAUCCGCAGUGCCAGCCGCACCGAGCAAUCCGAAAAGGUUGACGGUGGGUAUGCGGACGUGUGGGUCGAGAUCCCGCGGGGAUUCGAGAACGCUCUUGGUCUCCUCAAGGCCAUCGAGCGCAGCAUGCGACAUCGCGAGAAGUUCGUCGCCUUUGAGAAGGCGCAUACAUCGCCGAGAAAAGAGAAGCACGCGGUCAAGGAACCGGUCAUCCACCACACCAAGCACUCCAAAUCAUAUCACACCGUCACCGCCGAGCCGGAAAUUGUUGAAUGGCCACGGCAUGAACGGGAGACUACCGAAGAAGCCACCCCAGUCAUCAAACCAAGCAACCGUGGCUCGCUAUACGAAGCAGAUAUGCGCGCUCGUCAAGAGCGGGAGCGAAAGGAACAGCAGCUGCCAUACCGAGUGGAGUUACGGGAACCGCGGGCAGGGCGGCAUCCCCAUCGGCAUUCAGUAUUCUGGAAUUGAAGUGCGCUGAGGAAAUCAGGAAAGAAAUACGUUGCUCCGUUGCUCCGUUCACGACGUGAAUGGUUC